AUGGCCACGUCGGUGGAGGGAGAUUCGGCGAAGGCGGAGGAGGCGGUUCCCCCGAUCGGCGGCGGCAGAUCAUUGACUCUGAGCGACUUCCUGAACGAGCUGCGGGAGACGGGCCUGGCGGAGUUCGCGGCAGACGUCGGGCUGCUGCCCACGACCGCUCUGGAGAUCUGCGGCAGCGGCACAAUCCGAGCACCACCGCCCCCACCUCACGCCUGA